UAGCUCACAGCUUUUGACGGUUCGUGUAGUGUGCUAUGCACCGUGCUGCGCCGUACCGAACGGUCGCUCACUCGCUUCGUCGAUUCGUCCAUUAGUUUGGAGUUGGAAGUUGGAAGUUGGCAGUUGGCAGGUGAGCCGGCCGGGUAGCUGAGCCGUGAAUCGUUGGUUCGUUCGCAAUUAUAGUCAGACAGACAGUCGGUCGUACAAUCGAAUUUUUUUAAAAAGUGUGUGAACUUAGUCGUGAGGAGAGUAUAACGCGAGAAAUAGGAUAGAUGAUGAAGGUGCUGAGGAGAGAGUGUGGUGCGCGUGUAUACUCCUCGACUCUCACUCGACGAAUUUUAUCCCGAUAGAGACGUUUUUUUCACUUGGACUUCUUUCGAGGCUUCCCACUCGUGAACGUUGGAUUCGAAAUAGUGGCGGGCCGAUGACGUCUUUCAAAAACUGUUGAACCACUCAGCUGCUGGUACACGUCCAUUCGUCCAUAUCCAUCCAUCCAACUUAAUACCGUCGUUGCCUUCGCUUUGACUCGGCUUUGAAAAUUUGACGAUAUCAAAAAUGGUUGCAAGAAUAUUUGCGGCCCAUGGCCGUUUCUGCGCUAGUCAUUCCCUCGAGGUUAUCGUCGGUACAUUGACCUUGACUGCGUGUAUGUUGACCUUGGAAACCGGAAGUAACCAUCAGCGAGAAAAGAGUCUUCACACGGCCGGUAAACAUUGCUGGAACGGUCGCUGCAGCGGGGAUGACCUGAAUGCAGCCGAUAUGAUCGUUAUGACGAUUAUUCGAUGCCUGGCUGUACUCUACAGUUACUAUCAGUUUUGCAAUCUCCACAAAUUGGGGUCCAAGUAUAUUCUCGGUAUUGCCGGACUCUUCACCGUCUUCUCCAGUUUUAUAUUCACAUCAAGUGUGGUGAAUUUUCUCCAAAGCGACAUCUCAGAUUUGAAAGACGCACUUUUCUUCUUUCUCCUCCUGAUCGACCUCUCAAAGGCCGGGGUGUUAGCGCAAUUAGCCCUGAGUUCAAGGAGCCAGGAGGAAGUCCGGGCGAAUAUUGCUCGCGGUAUGACUUUGCUGGGUCCGUCAAUAACGCUGGAUACACUAGUCGAGACACUUCUCAUCGGCAUUGGAACCUUGUCGGGAGUCAGAAGAUUAGAAAUAUUAUGCUGCUUUGCUUGCCUGAGCGUCAUUGUGAACUACGUUAUAUUUAUGACCUUCUAUCCGGCAUGUUUGUCUCUUAUUCUUGAGCUGUCCAGAGGAAGUAUCACCAUCGGCCAACUCAGCGCCGACAAAAUGUUACUGAUGCAUUCUCUCCACGAAGAAGAUCAAAAGCCAAAUCCUGUUGUUCAACGUGUCAAGUUAAUCAUGAGCGCCGGUCUCAUAUUGGUCCAUGCCCAUAGUCGUUGGCCAUUCAAACAUGAAGAUUGCGCGGAUGUAGCAGAAGGAACGAUAUCACAAGUAAAUUCUUACAUAGUCGUGAAUAAUCAUAACGAUACUGAAGUGCCAACGGAUCUUCACGAAUACUUUAUGAAGUGGCUGUCAGUCAGUGCAGAUCAUAUUGUUAUUUUGAUACUGCUUCUUACGCUGGCUAUAAAGUUUAUAUUCUUUGAAGACAAGGGUGAGCUUACCGAGCAGCUCAGACUAACCGAAGAAAGAGAGGAACAACAGAGAAUUAGCGAAGAAAAUAUGCAAACAACUGCACUAGAUGUUUCUCUUCAGCAAAGAUUUGGCACACCGCUACCUGUGAUGCAUACACCUGUGUUUCCAAUUUCUGGAAUGAAUGGAGAAUGGGUCGAAGUUGGCGACGAGAUGCAAGUCAAAUUCUUCGACAAAGAGGUUCAGACAGAAAAAAGCAUUCCGUACUCGCAAAACUUUCCUGAAUCUAAUGCAGAUAAUUCACAAGAUACACCCGAAACGACAAGGAGUGUCGAAGAAUGUCUGGCCAUUUAUAAAUCUGAGUUGGGUGCGAGCGCGCUGACAGACUCCGAAGUCAUACAACUUGUGCAACACAAAUACAUUCCAGCAUAUCAGCUUGAGAAAGCAGUUGGGGAUAUGGAAAGAGGAGUUAAUUUGCGCCGUACGAUCGUUGGAAGGGCUGGAAAAUUCCUGGAUCAUCUGUCGGAUUUGCCGUACAAAAACUACGACUAUUCAAAAGUGUUGGGUUCUUGCUGUGAGAAUGUGAUUGGAUACAUACCGAUACCGGUUGGAAUAGCCGGACCUUUACUGGUCGAUGGUGAAUUGAUUCAUGUUCCAAUGGCGACAACAGAGGGCUGUCUAAUCGCCUCCACAAAUCGUGGAAGCAGGGCUCUCCUGAAGUGUGGAGUGACAAGCCGAGUAGUCGCAGAUGGCAUGACUAGAGGACCCGUAGUUCGAUUUCCAAAUAUAUCUCGAGCAAGUGAAGCGAUGACAUGGAUGCAGGACGAGCAGAACUUUGCAACGAUGAAAAGUUCAUUUGAUUCGACGAGCAGAUACGCAAGGUUGACAAGAAUACACAUUCGCAUAGCAGGCAGACUGUUGUUCAUAAGAUUUGUAGCGAAAACCGGUGAUGCUAUGGGUAUGAAUAUGCUCUCGAAAGGUACAGAAAAAUCUCUACAAGCGGUGCAGAAAAUCUUUACAGAUAUGGAGAUUCUGUCACUAAGCGGAAACUUUUGUACCGACAAGAAGCCGGCUGCUGUCAACUGGGUUGAAGGCAGAGGGAAGAGCGUUGUCUGUGAAGCCAUCGUUCCAGCGGAUAUCGUCACCACAGUACUGAAGACCUCGGUCCAUGCGCUGGUCGAUGUUAAUAUCAGUAAAAACUUAAUUGGAUCUGCUAUCGCAGGCAGCAUAGGCGGUUACAAUGCGCACGCAGCGAACGUUGUUACAGCCAUAUACAUUGCCACAGGACAGGAUCCGGCCCAAAAUGUAGGAAGCAGUAAUUGCAUGACCAUCAUGGAGCCCUGGGGGCCUGAUGGAAAUGAUUUGUAUGUAUCCUGCACAAUGCCAAGCAUUGAAAUUGGCACUGUUGGAGGCGGGACUGGAUUGCCCGCUCAGGGUGCUUGUUUGGGAGUACUUGGAGCCAAAGGCGCCCAUCCGGAAACUCCUGGUGAAAAUGCUAGCAAAGUUGCCAGAGUUGUCUGCGCCACUGUACUUGCCGGAGAGUUAUCCUUGAUGGCGGCUCUCACUGCAGGACAUCUAGUCAAAAGUCAUCUCCGACAUAACAGAUCGUCUACGGCAAUGAGUAAUCCGGUGAAUUUAAACAGAACGAGUAUGGGUGGAAACUUGACAGUGCCAAAUCUUAUCCCACCUAUAGAACCUCAAUGCACAGAACCAGCACGACAGUCCUAGCAGAGCCUUUAAUACUUGUGUGAUUGUAUUAACGUAAAGAAAUAAGAAACAAGAACAGACGAGUUGUGCGAAGCAGUGAACGAUUCGUUGUUCCAAAGAGCAGCAAUGACUCUCUCUCUCUCUCAAUCUCAGGAUACACACUGUAAUUGUCACAUGAGAAGAAAUCCGUUUGUUCCAGAGAAGAAUAAUCCUACGAAACACCCAUUACGUCUCAUUGUCAGAGCAAUUAAAUCAAAUAUCUUAUUAUAUAAUGGUAAUAAAUAAUAAUAAUGAUAACGACAAUGAUAUCGACUUGCGGAUGGUUAUCGUUAGAAACACUCUUGUCAAACGUAUUAGAAGUAACAUGUAAUUACAUACUUGAAGAUAAAGAAAUCAUCAACUGUUAUUUUAAUUAAGAAAAAACUUUGAAAAAUUUUAAUAAUAACAAUAAUCGGAUGUACGAGGCAAACAUCGCUGAGACAUGUGCAUAAAUAUUUAAUAUAUUCUAUUUUACUUUUAUUAAAUAUAUUGCGUCACCUUUUAGUGAGAAUUGGCUUCUUGCAUACUUUUUGUAUUUACAUUAGAAUGCUUAAUUUCAAGGGUUAUUCGAACUGUGCGACUGAUUUAAAUGUUCGAUUAAUAUAAAGUCGAGCAUAUAUAGAUAUAUAUAUAGGUGCAACGUUUUGCAUACUGAUUGAAGAAAUGGUGGUGCAAUUAUUAUUAAUAUUAUUUCUUUAAUCAAAGACAAUAUCGCCAUGAUUCCGAUUACAGUAUAUGUUUGAAAAAAUGAAGUAUAUAUACACAUAUAUAUAAAUAUUACGAACAAGGAAUUGCGACAUAUAUAUAUAUGUAUAUGUAGUAAUAAUGAAAAAUUAACUAGAGGUAUCUAUGUUGAUGGAGCAAAUAGACUAAUAUAUACACGUGCGUAUAAUAUAAAUAGUAUAUCACGUAUAAUCAGAUUAAUAUAUUUUGUUUACUUCUAAAAUUUGUUGCAAAUUAUUACGGGAUCUAGCCAUUAAAAUAAUAUUGUAAACCAAGGUAACUUUGGGAUAAUGGGCGAUUUUUGACUUUUGAAUUUUUAUCAAAUAUCAUGCGUUUUUCCGCUGUCACAAAGUUACUCCGGUUUAUGGUAUCUCUGUUGCUCUUCUUUGGUUUUUUCUGCAUUCAUGCAGCAGAAACCGGAUAUCGUAAUCAGGAUUCGUACGCAAAGGGAAAACCUGGAAAACCGGGAAAAUUCAGGGAGUUUCUUACAGCAGGGAAAAGUCAGGGAAUUUUGAAAAUAAGACUGGAAUUUUAAGUUUCUUGAAGAAAUAACCCGUUCUUAUACGUACAUUACUUGAUAUCAAAUCUACUUUCGUUUUUUUUUUUACUGAAAAUCGCUGGAUGUUGUUUGUAAAUUAGUAAUCGGACAGUAAAUUAAUUACUAGGUAAUAUUGAAGGUAUUAGUAUUAAUAUGCAAAAAAAUUGUCAUUAAUCAGCGGCAUAUUUCUUGGAAGGUUACUGAAAGAACUCCUAUUUUCAGGCUGGAACACCUGGAAAAGUCAGGGAAUUUCGGUUCCAAAAAACGUACGAACCCUGGUAAUAAACAAAUGAAACAGCUUUAUCUUAUGGUUCUGCAGUCACACUGCAACGACAAUAAUGCGGUGUAUUUGAAAACUGUACUACAAUGUUGAAGUGCAUAGUUCGACACAAAUCGCUUUAAAUUUGUUAUUUUUCGGAUGUUUAUUCAGAAUUAGACUUGCAAUAACUAUGAAAAUAUUAAGUAGCAAAAAGAAAAAUUGAUGUACGAAAAAUUAAGUGCGUUCAGACCCUGUUGUUAAAGAAGGUAGAAGUUUAUCAAGUCAAAGUAACAAAAUAUGUUUAGAAAAUCACCAUUUCGAAACUUUAUAAUUAGUUUGUAGGGUCUGCAGUUAGAAAACGAAGAUGCAUCGCCUUGAUUGCAUCAUGACUUAUGCUCUACUACGAUUUUCACUAUCCCAAAGUUUCGAAAUUGUGAAUUGUUUGAAUACCGUUCAUUAUGUUACCUUAAAGCAGGAUCUUCAAACACAUAGUUGGAAAUGCUUUAACGCAGAACAAUAAAUAAAAGUGUAAGAAUACUUAUUAUUGUGUAGAGUUCAGCAAAGAAAUAUUACAAUUUCUGACACUUAUCAGUAAAGCAUUGUGCAUUAAGAUUUCAAGACUAUAAAUAAUUCAAUUUAUUCGAGAUAGUGCUAAUAUAUUGAUACAAAAUACAAUAAUUGUACAAACUGUUUCAAAUAAACAUAGGAAAAGAUAGACAGAAAAGUUUAGGAACUUCGGGUGUAAUUACAAGAAGGAAACUGUUUCACAUCCGAGAUAUUAUUUAAAACUGACUACAACAUAACGCCUAAUACAACUAAGCACAUUAUAUGCAUCCCAAUAUAUGCAUCUAUAAAUUGAGGUUCUAGCGAAGAGUUGCGGAUGGAUGAACUUGAUAUUAAAAUGAAAUACGUAAUGUGCAAAGCUUGUUCGACUAUUUGUUUUUUUUUUUCUUCAUUGUAUUUCAGACUCUUGAUUUCACAUACCAAAGCAUGAACUCCUCAAUUCAUAUGCAAAGCUGAUAGAAUAGUCAGCAGCUCACGUCUGUGAAAUGGAAAUUUCUUACAAGGCCAAAAACAAUCGUGACAAUGAUAAAAAAAAAUCCUUCAUUCAUCUAUAUCCAUGUAGGCUAGCAGAAUGCGAUGUAUCAAAUACGUCAAAUCCACUUCUUUCGAGAAUUUUAUUGUACAGUUGACACUAUAAUAUAUACAUGUAUGAAAGAAUUUGUAGUAAAAAAUGAAAUUGAAGUUGUGAAAUUGUAGAAUAUGUCUCCCAACCAUCGAACGUAAAACUAGUCAUCAGGUGAAAAUAAAUAAACUGAUAGUACGCA